CUCUUUUCCUCUCUUCAUUUUCCUACCAUCUUACAAGUCCACUACAAUAUCAAAAACUGCUUCAUGGCUACUCACGCUUCAGAGACUUCAGUCCCACCCAAGAAGGUCAUUGUCAUGACUGGGGGUAACGUUGGUAUUGGAUUCGAGUGUGCAAAGCUCAUCCUUGCCUCUAUCCCCAACGUUCAUCUUAUCCUCGGUUGUCGUGACCCUCAACGUGCAAAAAAGGGUGUCAACAACCUUGUACCUUUUAUCCCUGCUGACUCUACCAGUAUAGUCGAACAUCGUCCCUUGGAACUAGCUUCCUUCCAUUCUGUCCGCCAAUUCGCAGAGGAUAUCACAAAGUCCUUCCCACAGGGAAUUCAUACCUUAAUUCUGAAUGCUGGUCUGAUGGUCUUUAGCCGUAAGAUGACUGGAGAUAACUUUGAAACCAACGUUCAAGUCAAUCAUCUUUCUCAAUUCCUUUUGACUCAAUUGCUGUUGCCCUCAUUGCGUAUCGGCCACAAGACCUGGCCAGAGGAACCAUCCUGUAUCCUCUUUGUCUCUUCGACCCUGCACAAACCCGGUGUAGGUCGUGGAAAGGGACCUGAGCUCACUAUCGAGAACAUUGAUGGCUCUGUUGAGUUUGAUGGCAUGCUCAUCUACCGCAACAGUAAGCUUUGUCAGGCACUUUGUAUGCAUGCUUUGGCUGCUUCCCUUAAAGAUGACCCCGAUGUUAAUGUGAACGCGGUAUGCCCAGGUUUCAUCCCCACAACCGACUUGAAGCGUGACUCUGGACUGGCAACGCGUAUGUUGAUGGAUAAUGUGCUUUCAAGAAUCAGUGCUGCCUCCACAGUUCAGGAAGGAGGUGCAUGCGUCUUUGAGGCCAUGAGUGGUGAGAAACGAAGCAAGAAUGGUGCGUACUUCUCCAAAGGUGGGGAGGAUGAAUCAAGUGAAGAAAGCAAGGAUCCUGCCAAACAAAAGUUUUGGUGGAAUUGGUCGUGCGAAGCUGUUGGACUUGAGAACUCUAAGAUGUAAACAAAGCCUUCUUUCCCUUUAAUUGUUUAUAUCUUAAUAAAAUAAAUAUCUGUAUCUUGAACGUGG